AAGACUCCCGCGUAACCUUAUCGACUUUAUCCGACCAUCAACAGUCGAUCGAUCGACCAAAACAAGAGAGAGAGAGAGAGAUCAUCAAUGUCCAUCGCCGCGUCGCUCUCCGCUUCUCUAUCUACGCCUACUGCACAUUCGACAUUCGAAUUCCACCAAAACUGCGUCGCAAGAAAAUGGAGGACCAGAGCUUCCUCCGCCGCUCCUGGCGUCGACUUGACUACACUCGAAUCCGCUAUUGCCAAGAAAGACAGUGAUGCUGUUAAAGAGGCACUUGAUCAGCUGACCAAAGUAGGCUGGGCCAAAAAGUGGAGUUCUCAACCAUAUGUUUCACGUCGUAUGACCUCUCUUCGGGAGUUGACCACUCUUGGAAUUAAGAAUGCAGAGAACCUUGCAAUCCCAAGUGUUAGAAAUGAUGCAGCUUUUCUCUUUACAGUGGUAGGGACAACAGGCUUUGUGGGUGUUCUUGCUGGCCAGCUUCCUGGGGAUUGGGGAUUCUUCGUGCCAUACUUGGUUGGGAGUAUUUCUUUAGUAGUUUUGGCUGUGGGAAGCAUUUCACCUGGGCUUCUUCAAGCUGCGAUUGGUGGAUUUGCAUCCUUUUUUCCUGAUUACCAAGAGAGGAUUUCUAGGCAUGAAGCAGCUCAUUUCUUAGUUGCCUACUUGCUUGGCCUUCCUAUAUUGGGAUAUUCUUUGGAUAUUGGAAAAGAGCAUGUUAAUCUCAUCGAUGAAAAGCUGGAAAAGCUUAUAUACAGUGGACAGCUUGAUGCAAAGGAAUUAGACAGGUUGGCAGUUGUAGCUAUGGCUGGACUGGCAGCUGAAGGUCUUCAGUACGAUAAAGUGGUCGGCCAAUCUGCCGAUCUUUUCACUCUUCAGAGACUCAUAAACAGGAGCAAGCCGCAGAUUAGCAAAGAACAGCAGCAAAAUCUUACCAGAUGGGCUGUUCUGUUCGCGGCUUCCCUCCUAAAGAAUAACAAGGUAAUUCACGAGACCCUAAUGUCAGCAAUGGCGAGGAAGGCAACUGUGUUAGAGUGCAUCGACGCAAUUGAGAAGGCUGCAUAACUGAUUAAAAUAUCUCUGGAGCUCUAAAUGAUUGUAUUCGAGGAAGAGAAAUACAAAUAUGCAGAUAGUACGACACCUCAUGCAAAUACAGAUUUUUUCAGUUACCUAAAUUUUCUGUUGAGAAAUAUUAAGGACAUCUAUUUGUUUUCUCUCUCACAAAAGAUGGUAAGACCUAUGAACUCUGGCGCCUACUGUGAACUUGUAAGAGAUGAUAUGGAAAAUAUAUGAAAGAGUGGAUGCAUUCCCAAA